AUGAUUCUUGCAGCGGUUGGGAAGGAUGUAAAUAAUCAGAUGUACCCAAUUGCCUGGGCAGUCGUGGAGGGAGAGAAUGUGAACUCUUGGAUAUGGUUUUUCAACACUCUCUCUCAAGAGCUGGGGUUAACAGAUGGUAGGGGUUGGACAGUCAUCUCGGACCAAAAAAAGGGUCUGAUUGAAGCAACUCAUGAGUUGUUUCUGGAAGCAGAGCAUCACAAGUGUGCUCGCCAUGUUUAUGCGAAUUGGAAGGCAAGGAACAAAACUGACUAG